AUGGGGACAGCUCUGCCCUCCAUCCAAAUCCCGGUGUCCCCCCACAUCUUCACCAGCAUCAGCUGGGCCGCUGCCACCUCCCCCCUGCCGUCCCUGUCACCGUGCCACCUGCUCCCUGCCACCUCCCCCUGCCUGAGUGCCACCUCCCCCCUGCCGUCCCUGUCACCGGUGAGUGCCACCUGCUCCCUGCCUGAGUGUCACCUCCCCCCUGCCGUCCCUGUCACCGGCGCGGAGCCGCUCCCUCAGCCUCAGCGACCCUCAGGCCCCUCAGCCGCCGCCAUUGCUGCCGCCCCGGCUCCUCGUGGCCUCCCCGCCCCGCGCCUCCCUCACCGCCAGAAAAAUCCGCGGCGAAGCCAAGAAAUGCCGCAAGGUUUACGGCAUCGAGCACCGGGAGCAGUGGUGCACGGCGUGCCGCUGGAAAAAGGCCUGCCAGCGCUUCCUGGACUGAAUUCCCUCCUGGAUUCCCUCCUCCCCACCCGGAAUUCCCUCAGGAAUCUGGGAAUUUCCUUCCGAAUUUGAGAAUUCCCCUCAUAAAUCUGAGAUUUUCCUCAUUGCUGCGAGUGGGGACUGAAUUUCGCCGCCGUGCUCUCCUUUUCCCGCCUGGAAUUCCCUCAGAAAUCUGGGAAUUCCCUCAUUGCUGCGAACGGGGACUGAAUUUUGCUGCCAUAUUCCCCUUUUCCCACCUGGAAUUCCCUCAGGAAAUUAGGAAUUCCCUCAGAAAUCUGAGAAUUCCCUCAGGAACUUGGGAAUGCCCUCAGGAAUUUGGGAAUUUCCUCAGAAAUCCA